AUGCCCGACGACGUCGACGACACGACGGCCGACCUGUCGGACCACAUGUCCGAUAUCGAGGAAGACGGAGACAUUAAAAUGGAAGACAGGUCGGACAACACCAACGGCGAGCCCAAGAAAAAAUACGACCCCAAGGAUCCCUCAAGACCCAGGCGCAAAAAGGCCCGACGAGCCUGCUUUGCCUGUCAACGAGCGCAUUUGACUUGUGGCGACGAGCGCCCCUGUCAACGCUGCAUCAAGCGCGGUCUCGCAGACGCUUGCCAAGACGGCGUGCGCAAAAAGGCCAAGUAUCUCCAUGAUGCGCCUCCCGAAGCGUUGCGGCCCGUCUUGGGGCCAAAUUACAACCCGAGCGCCGGAAACGCCGCUCAAACCAACGGCAACCGGCAAAACUCGGCAACCUCGGAACCUGCCAUCUCGACCCCCGGGAGCACAUUCAUGUCCGCCGCCAGCACCGCCUCUUAUCCUGUCUACCCGUCCACUGCCCAGGCCGGCGUCGGCAUGUCUCCGAAUCUUGGCUUCAAUCCACAGUCGACAGCGGCAUCGGAUGCAUUUCCAGGUGCCAAUGCACAGUCUCAGAUCGGUGGCAUCCUCGGAGGCAAUACUAUGGAUUUCAAUGCCCUCUUUGACCCGAGCAAUCCUGCUCUGUACAACUUUGAUCUGGAGGGCCUUAACUUCGGUAGUCAAUACGCUGGAUGGGAAUUUGGCAUCCUCAACAAGAUGGGCAUGGGCGCCGAGCCUUCAUCGCGAGAGAAUUCGAUAUCACAGUCAGCAGAGCCCUCAUACGCAUCGCUCUUUACAAACGGCAACGGUGCCACCAUGCUGAGUGGUGAAUAUACUGGUGGGGAUGCGAACGCCAACAUGUACACGCAGGGCAACCUGCAGCACGGCUUACCGCACGCGUAUGCCAUUGCGGCGGCGCCGCAAUCCCUGGCCAGUCCCAGCACCGAUGCGACGACGAGUCCGCAGCCGGCCCACAACGCCGAAGGGUCUCCCAACCCCGCCAACAGCUUUGCGCUGCAAAAUGCGCACGCCGCGCGCAUCAAGACGAAGCCGGACAAGGUGGCGCAGAUCCUCGGCAAGCGGCAGCGCGACUCGGCCGGCAUCUACGCGGCCGUCAAGGAGCCGUACCCCUACACCAAGGGCUUCCACAACAUGGUGCAGGUGCUGCGGGACCGCCUGCCGCACAGCAAGGUCAUCAAGGUGGCGCGGUCGCUGGCCGAGAUCCGGCCGUCGUUUAUCGCCUGCACAAAGGACCUCACGCGCGAGGACCUGGUGUUUAUGGAAAAGUGCUUCCAGCGCACGCUCGUCGAGUUUCACGACUUUUUGCAGCACUGCUGCGCGCCGACGAUUGUGUGCCGCCGGUCCGGCGAGGUCGCGGCCGUGAACAAGGAGUUUACGGCGCUGACGGGCUGGACCAAGGAGGUGCUGCUCGGCAAGGAGCCCAACCGCAAUGUCUUUACCCGCCCGUCGUCGAGCGAUGCUGGCGGCGAGGUCGUCGCCGCCCCUUCGCGAAAUAACAAGGCGGGCGAGCCCCAGCAGCCCGUGUUUCUCGCGGAGCUGCUCGACGACGACAGCGUGGUGGAUUUCUACCACGAUUUCGGCCAGCUGGCGUUUGAGGACUCGCGCGGCAAGGUGCAGCGCAGCUGUCGUCUGAUGAAGUACCGCACCGACGAGGGCGAUGACGACAAAGGCCUAGCGACGAAUGGUGGUGGUGGUGGUGCCAAGGGAGGGAGCAUCCUGAGCAAUCGCGUGACGAAAAUUGACGGCGAGCACGGCAUCUCGCGCAUCGAAAAGGAUGGCAAGGUGGACUGCACGUAUUGCUGGACGAUAAAGCGGGACGUCUUUGACAUUCCAAUGAUGAUUAUCAUCAACUUUUUACCGCGGUGUUAUCCAAACCAGGAGCCUCAGCAGCUUGCUGUGUGA